AUGUCGAGGCAUAAAAGAAACGAUACUCGUCCGCUAACAGAGGAGGAACUGCAGGAGAUUGUAGAUAAUCUUUGGAGCAAUCCAGAUCAUGAAAAUGGAUAUGAAAUUGGAGAAUUUUCGGAUAGCGAAAACGAUUAUGAGAUGGAGGAAGAUGAGGAAGACGAUGAACAAAGUGCUUGUGAAAGUGAACAGGGUGGUGGAAAUGAACAAAACAGUGACAAUGAAAAUGAAGAAUACAGUGAAAAUGAAAGUGAACAAGCUGGUGAGAAUAACAGUGAACAAGCUAGUGGAAAUAGCAGUGAACAAAACAAUGCUCGUGAGAAUGAACAAGAAAGGCGUCCAAGAGAAACGAGAAAUAAAAGCGUCCUAAGAG